AUGAAAUCCUUCUUCGUUUCCGCUGCUCUUGUUGCUGCAGCAGAUGCACUUGUUGCUCGCGACUCUCCAUGCUGCUUCCAUUUGACUGCCUCUGGUGGUCCUGGUGGCGUUGUCGGUCAGCUCUCUGAUGGUCAGAACCGCAUUGGACAAGGCUUACCCGGUGCUCAAUAUUGCAUUGACUCCAAGGGUGGGCUCACUGAUGGCAAUGGUCGUGGCUGCAUUUUGACACCUCCUACAACUCAGUUCCAGUGUGACCAGGGUGCCAGCCCCACGGAUGGAUUUUCCGUCGGUUGUGAUGGCAAGCUCUCAAUCAAAGGCAACACUGACUUCAAGUCUUGCCCAACUGGUGACAACGGAGGAUACAACAUUUACACCACUGCCCCAGCUGGUCAAGGUGGCUGCGUCUCCGUCACCUUGAGUGCGGAUAACUGCAAAUCCGGCUGCCCUGCUCCAGCUCCCGCACCAGCCCCUACUCCCAAGACUUGUCCUGCUGCUCUGACUGGUGCCUACGAGUACCCUCAUCUCAUUGUCCCGGUCGACUCUAAGCAGCCAGACAAGGCGUUCGGUACUUCUUACAACGGUACUAUCACUAGCUCUGUAUCGAGCUUGUUCAACUUCGAUAUCCCCAGCUCUGAUUCCGGAAAGACCUGUUCUUUGGUCUUCUUGUUUCCCGAGCAGAAGAAUCUUGAGACUUCUUCGUUCGACUUCUCUGGCGCUGGGGGUGUCGACUUCACAAUGCUGAAAGGCACUGCCAGCUCCAGCACCACGUACAACAACAAGCCUGGCGUUGCCACUGAUUACGGUGUGACCAAGGUUGCCCCUGGCACGUCGUCGGUGGUUGCAACGUUCCCCUGCCCAGCCGGGUCUGCUAUCGGUUUCGGAUUGUCUGCAUCGGACGGUACCAUGCUUUCGUAUUUCCAGGACUACAACCCGUCUCCGUGA